GCGACCGGAUAACUGUCCACUUGUUGCGCCCCUAUAUUGAUUAAGACCGCAUGAGCCGCCACGAGCGAAGGGAGAUCAAACAUUGAGACGCACAUGGCUCGAUGACAUGAUGUUCCUGCCCUUCUCCCCUCUCCCCUCCUUGGCUCUCCCUUUUCUCCUACUUCUCCUCACUUUCCUCCCUCCUUCCCUCCUUUCCCCUUCCCUCUCUCAUUCCCCUCUGAGCUGGACCUCACCCCAUGACCCCUGCUACCACUUGGAUGGGCGUCCGCGACACUGCCUGUCGGAAUUCAUCAAUGCCGCCCACGGUGUCCCUGUCAGUACCGCCCACUCCCUCCGAAGACCCCCCGACCAGAAAGCUGUUAACGUCAGCUCCCUCACAGACCUCCACAACCCCCACAACUUGACCUGCUGGACGGCCCAGGCGGGAGGCCUCGACGGCGGGGACUGGGUCCUCACCCUUCCCCUGGGCCGACGCUUCGAGGUCACCUACAUCAGCCUGCAGUUCUGCCAGCAGGGGGAGCCGUCAGACCCCGUCUCCUUAUCCGUGCUCAAGUCCAUGGACCACGGGCGCACCUGGAGGCCCAUGCAGCACUACUCCAGCGACUGCCCCGGGAAGUUUGGGCUCCAGGCCCAGACGGUAGCCCAGACCAGGCACCAGGAGACGGAGCCUCUGUGCUCAGACCCCCGGCCCCUGCAGAGGCACCGGGGAGGCAUGUUGCUGGCCUUCUCCACCCUAGAUGGAAGACCCUCUUCUCCAGACUUUGACUACAGCCCCACCCUGCAGGACUGGGUGACGGCCACGGACAUACGGUUAGUGUUCCACGAGGUGACCCAGGGGGCCACCAUUGGAGUCCGUGUCAGGAAGGCAGCCGCUCUGGCCCUUUCCGACCUGCAGGUGGGGGGCAGGUGUAAGUGUAACGGACAUGCCUCUCGGUGUCGUCGUGAUGAUGUGGGCCGGGCGGUGUGUGUGUGUGAGCACCACACAGCAGGGGCGGACUGCGAUGUUUGUGAGGACUACUACUACGACAGGCCCUGGCAACGAGCCACGCCUAGUCAGCCACAACCGUGCGUCUUGUGUGAGUGUAACGGCCACUCCUCUAAGUGUCGGUUCAGCAUGGAGGUGUUCCAGCAGUCGGGCCGGCGCAGCGGGGGGGUAUGUCUGAAGUGUCGGCAUCACACAGCGGGGCGCCACUGCCAGUACUGCCAGAACGGAUACACCCGAGACCACAGCAAGCCCCCCACCCAUCGCAAGACCUGCCAACCAUGUCAGUGUCACCCUAUGGGUGCUGUGGGUCUCUGGUGUAACCAGACAUCGGGACAGUGUCUGUGUCGGGAUGGCGUGAUGGGACUGAGAUGCAAUCGCUGCGCCCCUGGUUACAAACAGGGGCACUCCCCACUCCGCCCCUGCAUCCGAAUCCAGGAGGUAGCCCCCACAACACCUGUAUACCAGCCCCAGUACAGUAUAGCUGAAGAGUGUUUAUCGUACUGCCUGCCAUCGCAGGUUAAAGUGAGGAUGAACCUGGAGACGUACUGUCUAAAGGACUAUGUACUGAAGUUGCAGGUCAGAGGGAUGGAGCGUUCGGGCCCCUGGUGGCAGUUUUCUAUCUGGAUUCAGACUGUGUUUCGUACAGGAUCUUCCUCCAGUGUGCGUAGGGGCCCGCAGGCCCUGUGGGUUCCCGACCGCGACCUGGGCUGUGGCUGCCCCACCCUCCAGGUGGGCCGCACCUUCCUGCUGAUUGGGGCCGAGGAGGGGGGCCGGGGCCCCGAGGAGAGACGACUGGUGGCCGAUAGAUCCACACUGGCCCUCCAGUGGAGGGAGCACUGGAACCCCAAACUGAGAGGGUUCAGGGGGCAGGACAAGAGGGGCCGCUGCCCCACGGGUGGGGACCCCCACAGGGGCCACUUGAAGCACCAUCACUCAGAGUAUACACCACCUCACCUAGUGGUUGAGAAAGAGACAGUGGUUGAGGUGCACCCUGAACAUACAAACCCACACACACAUUCACAUCCACACACACCCUCAGAAUCCAUGAAAGACAUGGAAGAGGAGGCAGAGCACUCUGUGGCGCUGGACACACACACUCACACACAGUCCUCCUCACAUCACAGACCUGAGACCCCACAGGAACAGCAACAGGAACAGACUCCGUCUCCCUCCACGCCCAUUCUCAUGUGUUCCACCCCAGUCUGAAACACAGGAGGAAGAAGAGAGCGAAAGAACAAGGGGUGAAGAGAAGAAUAAAUCUGGCCAAAAUGGCCUUAAUCUUCACCUGGCACAGCCAGAAGAGGACUGGCCACCUCUCAGAGCCUGGUUCCUGCCUUUCUAGGGAGUUUUUCCUAGCCACUGUGCUUCUACAUCUGC